AUGUCUACCUCUAUUAACCAAACAACAGUUGCGACAAUUGUGCAACGUCGGCCACUUAUUAAAGGAAGAUUUUAUCAUAGCUCAACAAAUGAAAAAAUUUUUGAAAAAAUUUUUCUAGUAACUUUCAAAAUUGUUCGAGAUGAUUUGUCAUAUGAUCAUAACGAUCCGGAUGACAAUCUUGAGUACGAUCAUGAAUUCUUUUAUCAAUACUUGACAACAAAUUAUUAUGUAAGAUGUAAAUUUAUAUCUCAUUCCGCAGUUUUAGACUUAUUGAAUUAUGAGUAUGAUGUGAAUACACUAUAUAACGAGCCACCAUUGACUCCGUCACAAAAAUACAUACUCGAACAAAGCUUAAUGGUAGAACUUUAUCUGCGCGUCUCAAAAGAAACGGAUGAAAUUAUAGUAGGAACGGUUCAAGAUUAA